AUGGCAGAGGAGCGUAGCGACGUCCCUGUGGAGCGCGACGGGAUAUCCUCCGCCGUCGUGGAGCACCUGCGAGGCGCCAUUAGGCAGGCCAUAAAGGACCAUGAGACGGCGGAGGUGGUGGAGCUGCUAUGCGAAAACAGCGGGUUGACGCUUGAGGAGUUUCUUCAGGCUCCGCAUGAGUUGAGGGUGCUAGAAGUGUUUCUGUUGUCGACAUCAGAGUUGCCACAGCUGCGCCUGUUUCCGUACCUUACUGUAGUGAAAAUUAUUCACGUUGGGUUGGAGAGCAUGCGGAGCCUGUCCUGCCUGCACCACGUGGAAGAGCUCUGGCUGAAUGAAAAUAACAUUUGCAGGAUCGAAGGACUGCAACAGAUGCAGCGACUGCGACGACUCUUCUUGCAGGGAAACAUGAUUGAGGACAUGGAUGGCAUUCCGUAUCUUCCCCAAUUGCAGGAGUUGUGGCUCUGUGGAAAUCAGCUACGCCACAUCACGAGAUUGAACGUCUUGCCGGUACUUGUAUCUCUCUGGGUGGCAUCAAAUCGUAUUACGACACUUGGUAACGCCUUCACGUCCAGCAUGACCUCUAUUCAAGAGCUCAAUCUGUCAAACAACAAAAUUUACUUCCUGGAUCAACUCACGCAUUUGGGCGUUCUCAAAUCGCUGCGCAGGGUGUGGUUCAGUGAUCCCAUGUAUGGAGAUGCCCCCAUUUGUCACCUGAGCAACUACACCACCUUUUCGCUGCGUCAUCUUCUACAUCUAGAGCAAUUGGACGGUGUUGCCAUCACUGCAGAGCAGCGGACCCUCGCGAUCUCCGUGUAUGCAAAGAAGAGCAUUUAUUAUAGUAUGCGGCGGGCGAUUCUCGACAGAAAUAUCUCAAUUCUCUUCGCGCGGGUGCAUCAAGAGGCCGAGGCCAAGCGGGAUUUGGUACGUAAAACACUGCGACAAUUAAAUUUAGAGAUCACGGCGCUGGGUGAAUGCGUACUAGAUGGAUCCCCGACAAACCAGGCAGCCAUGGACGAGGAAAAACAGCAUAUGCUCAAACUCCGGGUGGCACGGGACAGACACGAGGCGGAGCUGGGGGGACUUGAACGUCAGUUGUUGGAUGCGCAGGAGCGCACUAUUUUUGAAUCUGACAGUCUGCAUGAGCGACUGUUGUUGGAGCUUAAUUCGUGCGGCAACAUUCGCCUGGAGGAAGGGUCACUGGAGGACACCUGGUGCGCCAGUGCAAAGGAGUUAGUAUCUAGUCGGUUUGACGCAACCCUCUAUGAGAGUUUGGGGAUCACAGGUGUGAAGGUGAACCGAGUCUUUCGCAUCAUGUGCCAGGGUCAGAGGGAGCGCUUUGAUAACCGAAUGCGGGAACUUGACGUGGACCUCGUGGACACUCGCAGCCGUCGCGCUUUGGUACGGCUCUUUAGCGCGGUGCCCAAAAACGUGAUGGAACAACGUCGUUUUCUUCAUGAGAUUAUGAUAAACGGCUUCAGUGGCCUGUACGCGGAGGACGACGGGGUUCCACUCACGAAUAGCCUGUACUAUGCUGACCAGGAGCGUCUGAUGUCGACGACGACCACGCGCCGCGAUGUUUACGGUGUACGGGUGCCCCUCGAGUCUUUUUCUGGGCAGUUGGUGGUGUCUCGGCUCUUCUUGGGUAAGUGCGUGUCGGAAAUGGGGGCCUCCCGUGAGCAGGAGGCCAACGGUGAUGUGCCGUUCAUGAAAAGUGAACGUCGUCGCCGCACACGACGCCAGUACGGCGAGGAGGUGUUCUCCAUCUACCGCGUGGCCCCGCACGACACCUCGGUGAAGGUGUGGCAUAUGUUUGACAAGUCCCUCGUUUUACCUGAGUACGUGAUUGACUUCACGUACACCACGAAAGUUUAUCGCUUUAUUAGCCCUCUACUGUCCGUCUACGAUGAUUUGGCCGUACUCGAAGCACUUAUUGAGAAGAACGUACCGGGGGUGACCCCAGAUUGCGUUGCCGACAUACGGACUGUUGGGUACCCACUGUUUUCAUUUUUAAAGUGGCUGGAUUCCUCCGUCUCGCACGUGCUUCUUAGCGAAGAGACACAGAAUGUGCUGCGCAAGGCUGAGGAGUUGCGUCGUUUAAGGAGCGUGGUUUUUCAGGCCAGUGGAAUCCUCACCAAUGCAUUGGUGGAGGCCUAUAAGAAUCAAGUAUCAACCUCAACAGAAUCCCCCAUUGUGUUGUGUGAUAUGUCGGGUCAGAAAAUCACAUGUAUUCCAGCAUCAAUUUCUACCACAAACGCAUGGACCUCGUUAACGCAGCUUUUUUUACAAGGCAAUAAAAUAUCCUCUAUAGCGUGGGAAGCGCUGGCGCUUGUGGCGCCAGCCUUGGAAAAAUUGGACCUUGGCAACAACGUACUCAACCGUCUGGAGUUUGCCGCCGCCCAUUUUCCUGUGCUUCAUUGGCUCUGUCUGAGUUGCAACAAGCUUCAUGCUUUGGAUGAUUUGCUUCCACUUCGCGGGGGCCUGCCGAUGUUGAAGUCUUUAGACAUUGAUCAUAACCCCUGGAUGGAGAACAAAUUGGCGGAGGUCUUUUGUUUUGCCGUGUUGCCUCAACUACAGCAUCUAAAUGAAAUCCCGAUUUCACGGCACGCGUCCUUGUUUCUUCGCCAGAAACGCACCAUUGUAAUGGACCAGAGAAUGUUGCAGUACAUUGUCGCAGAGGAGCGAAAACGGCAGACGCAGGAUGCCGCGGGUGGUGUUAUGACUUACAAUGAUGGGGACCAAAUGGGUAAUGUAGAUGUGGUAAAGAUCGCUUCCUUUGAGGCGGUGUUUGCAGAGCUUAUGGAGAAGACAGAGAGGGACCGUGCCUCUCUUGCUUCCACAAAGAAGGAUUCAUCCAUGCCACCACUGAGGAGUGUUCGAAACUUUUAUUUUCGUUUUAGCCUGAUGCGUGACCUCACGUGGGUGUCGUUGUUGCCCCAGCUGCGUCACUUGUGUCUCCAGUCGCACGUUAUUGAGGAUUUGACCCCUCUAGCGGAGCUGCGGCACCUCAAGACGUUGAACUUGAGCGGGAACUUGGUGAAAACAGCCAAACCCCUGGCUGGGAUGCGGCUGGUCUCCCUGGACCUUGCACGCAACCAGUUGACGGGCAUCGAGUGCCUAGAUGAGAUGAAUGAAUUGCGCUUCCUCUCUGUCACUGAAAACGCUAUCACCCACGUGGCUGCGCUGCAGCACUGCAGGUGCCUUGAGGAAUUUUACUUUGCUAGGAAUUUGAUCUGCGACGUGCGUGACCUGCACCCGCUGCAUCGCUUGCCAAACCUUGUCUCCAUCGAUGCUGCAGGUAACCCUUGUAGCGGGUACCAGGACACCGAGCAGAAGCGUUGGGAGUAUCGUAAUUACCUCGUGUACAAUCUUCCGAAGCUCAAGGUGUUGGAUGGGGUGCCUAUAGGAGAGGUGGAGCAGCGACGCGCCAGGGACGUGUUUGCGGGGCGGGUAAAUGCUGAAUUACUCGUUGAGCGCGUCGGUUCGACAAGCCAGUGGAAGACUGCGCAUGAGGUGGAUCUCUCGCUCUGCGGACUGCGAGAAGUGACCAUGAUGGAGCCUUUUGUUUCCCUAAAGGUGCUGCACCUGCACCACAAUAGUAUAGCUCACAUUGAUGGGUUGCUUUCCCUGCACAACCUUGUGGCGCUAAAUCUCUCCCACAACCGUCUUGGUCAGUGCCCUGUGGGUCACACGUUGCAGCACCUUCACAAUUUGCGUUCCCUUUCACUGGAGAGCAAUCAUAUUACCGACAUCUCAGCGCUUGGUCUGUUGCUACCGCGGCUGAAGUUCCUGAAUUUGAAGGGGAACGAGAUCACCUUCAUUGAUCAGGGCCUGCAGGGACUGACAGACCUGCGAGAGCUUCUUCUUGACAACAAUAAACUGCGAGCGCUGGGACCCGACUGUUUUGUGAACAAUUUGCAGCUGACGGACAUAUCUGCUGAGGAAAAUUGUAUUCGUUCCACGGAGGGUCUUCAGCCGCUUAUUCGCCUCGGGACACUUGAUCUGGCCUCCAACCGGCUUGGUGAUUUGCGGCUGCUCCUCAACGAUCUCCGGAACGCCACUUGUCUCGCCACAGCGACGUUCCUUGGAAAUUCCGUCGCACGCAAGCCACCGUACCGUGCUCAGACGAUUGCCGCUCUGCCCGCCUUGGCGGUGCUAGACAAUAAGGAGGUUACGGAUGAGGAGCGGGACAAGGCGGAGAUGAUGCGGACGACGGAGUACUCGGCGCCCCAUAGCAUUGUUCUUGAUCCCUCCUUUUCCCUUGAUGCGGUGGGUGGGGUGCGAGUGAGCGGAGCUGCGGUUCAGCCCCGUGUCUUUCCGAACCAGACACAACGCCUCCCCGUCAACAGCAACCCCCGCCCGCAUCUGCCUGCGUACAAGAACGCCAGGCCCAUGCCACAGAUGCGGGACAGCGUCAGGAAAGGCGUUGUUCCACGUGUGCAGGGCGGUUCAUAA